UUUUUUUUUUUUUUUUUUUUUCUUCUUCUUUCUUUUUUCCCUCUGUUCCUCUCUCUCUCUCUCUCUCUCUCUCUCUAAAAGAAAAAUCACCUCCGCUAAGCUUUCUUCCGGAGAAUACGAGAGAUUUACAGAGCCAAAGCUAAGGUGUAUGAAGUAUUGAUGGUUCAAUAGCAUCCAGAUUACUUGAAUUGAGUGACACUUGUUCCUUUUACCGGCAAUUUAGGAGCAAAGCCUCAUAUAUGGGCCUGGAUUUUGAAUUGUAUGUUUUGAUUCUUUUGGCUAUGGAUACAAGUUGUGUCACAUUGAUUUUUUAUGAUACAUGUUAAUUAUUAGCAUAACAGCCAUACAGAAAGUUUUACUUGCUAGGAAAUUGAGGUAACCUUAUUUUAGAUAGGGAAGCUGAUAUAUAUAGCCAAUUAGCCUUUAUGUUCAAGGCCGAGCACAUGGGUGUUUCUCCAUCACAAGUUAAUCGUCAUACAAAAAGUUAUUCAUGCUCUAAACAAAGUGUACCUGAGGAAACAUCUGAUUAUGGUAUAUCAGAACAGAAACAUAACAUUAGGUCAGAAACUGUACAGAGGGAACCUGUUCCUAUUAGCACUAUAGUUUCGCCAGUUGGUGCUAGUGAAGCAUUGAAACUGUCUUCUGAAGAUGACAUAAAAAUUACUCAUACUGAAAAUUCAGAUCCACAAUCCAAAGGUGCAUGCAAGAGUAGUUUGACAGAUAAAAGCUCAGGCCUUAAACUAACUGCAGUUGACCAGAAACUCGAGUUUGGUUCAGAAGAUACACAUGGAGAGCUUGGUGUUGUAGGUGAACAUAGUGGACCAGCAAAAGGAAAAAGUUCGCUUGGAUCUGGAGUUGUUAAGGAAGAUAAUGCACUAUUGACCUUCUCCGCCAAUGAAGCCUUGCAACUUUUGCCUGCACAUAUAGCUAAGAAUUCUCUUACUAUGGGUUUGGAAUUACCUUGUGAAGAUGCAAUCAAUAGAUGCCAUCAACUAUCUACAUCCGAACAGAAAGUUGAGUUUGCUUCUGAUGAUGCUACGUGUGACCCAUUAGAAGAAAGUAAAGUGCCUGCCAGUGAUCUCUUACGAGAUGAAUUGGUGGAAAUUAACAAUGAAUUAUCCUGUUGUACUGCUACUAGGCAUUUGGGGACACAGCUCACAACUAAGAGUUCUCCUCUCGAACAUUUAGGUAUGCCUUCCGACAGUGAGAUCAACACUUGUGCUACUGAAAAACUGGAACCACCUCAUGACAAUAUGGAUAAUCACUUGAACCUUCAACAGUCAGAUACACCAUCUAAAGAUGUAAGCAUUAAUUCUAGCCGGGUGGGUGUUAGGGUCAAAAGAACUGCAAAAUCAACAAGGAAAAAGUAUGUAUUAAGAUCCUUGAGAAGAAGUGAUAGAGUACGGCAGUCAAGAUCACAAGAAAAACCUAAAGGUCCUGAUCCCAAUGCAGAUAUGGCUAAUGCGAGCUCCAAUAUAGAGAAAACAAGGAAAAAAAGGAAAAAGAGACAACGGAAGAGUGUUGAAGGUGAUGAAUAUUCAAGAAUUAGGAAACAUUUAAGAUAUUUAUUGAAUCGGAUAAGCUAUGAACAAAGCCUGAUUACAGCUUAUUCUGCGGAAGGUUGGAAAGGACUAAGUCUAGAAAAAUUAAAGCCAGAGAAGGAGUUGCAAAGAGCCACAUCUGAAAUUCUUCGACGAAAAUUGAAAAUAAGAGAUUUAUUUCAACGUGUAGAUUCACUAUGUGCUGAAGGGAGGCUCCCAGAAUCAUUAUUUGAUUCUGACGGACAAAUUAGCAGUGAGGAUAUAUUCUGUGCAAAAUGUGGGUCCAAAGACAUGACUGCUGAUAAUGAUAUCAUACUUUGCGAUGGUGCCUGUGACAGAGGGUUCCAUCAGUUUUGUCUACUACCGCCAUUGUUAAAAGAAGACAUUCCUCCUGAUGACGAGGGUUGGUUAUGCCCUGGAUGUGAUUGCAAAGUUGAUUGCAUUGAGUUGCUUAAUGACUCUCAAGGAACGAAUAUUUCAAUCAGUGAUAGAUGGGAGAAGGUUUUCCCCGAGGCUGCAGCGGCUGGACAAAACCCAGAUCCCAACUUUGGACUUCCUUCAGAUGAUUCUGAUGAUAAUGAUUAUGACCCUGAUGGACCAGAAAUUGAUGAGAAGAGUCAGGGAGAUGAAUCAAGCAAUGAUGAAUCUGACUACACUUCUGCAUCUGAUGAACUAGAGGCUUCACCUGGUGAUGAGCAGCAGUUGGGGCUUUCUUCUGAUGAUUCAGAGGAUGAUGACUAUGACCCUGAUGCGCUAGAUCGUGAUGAGAAUGUGGAGGAAAGUUCAAGUUCUGAUUUUACAUCUGAUUCUGAGGAUCUCACUGCUACUCUUGAUGAUAAUCAUUUGUCUGGAGAAGAUGAAAACCAUAUGUCUAUUGGACUCCAUGGAGAUUCUAAACACAGGGGAAAUGGGAAGCAAUCUACACACAGUGAAUUGUCACUCUUAGAUCUGAAUUCAAGAAAAGAUGGGUCUGGUCCCAUCUCUGGGAAAAGAGAUGUUGAGAGAUUAGACUACAAAAAACUGUAUGAUGAAACAUAUGGAAACGCUUCAUCUGACUCAAGUGAUGAUGAAGAUUUCACCGAUGAUGUUGAACCAAGGAAGAGGAGGAAGGAAACAUAUGGAAGCACUUCAUCCGACUCAAGUGAUGAUGAAGAUUUCAUCGAUGAUGUUGAACCAAGGAAGAGGAGGAGAAGUACAGAAGUUGGUCAAGCAUCAGUGAAUGCAAAUGCCUUUGUAAGCAAGACUGCAAAGCAAGACACAACUCCCAAAAGACAUCGUCAAAAGUCUAAAUUUGCAAACACAAGCACAUCAUCAACUAAAGGACACGAGGGAGCUUCUCCAUCUAGUUCCUCUGGAAAGCCGGUUAAGUCGUCAGGAUAUAGAAGACUUGGAGAAACUGUAACUCAGGGUCUCUACAAAUCCUUCAAGGAAAAUCAAUAUCCUGACCGAGCUAAAAAAGAAAGUCUUGCAAAAGAGCUAGGAAUUACUUUCCAGCAGGUUAGCAAGUGGUUUGAGAAUACUCGGUGGAGCUUCAACCAUCCACCAUCUACAGAUGCAAGUACAGUCAGAAAAACUACAAAAGAGGAUUCUCAGCUGCCUAAAACAAAUACAGAACUAUGUACACCAGAGCCUGAAAAAAUUUGCAGAAAUACUACAAGCAAUGGAGCUCAAAGUGAGGAAUCACCCAAGGUUGAUGAUGCCACAGGUGGAAGCUACAUUGGAGACACUAGAGACACUAAAAUGGGUAGUCAGGAAAGCUGCAAACAAAAAUCUAAAACCCCAGACUCUAGAAAGCGAAAGCAUAUAUCAGAUCCCCGGACAUUGGACCCAUAUUCAACAAUCGGGGAAAUGGAAAAGAUCCCAGUUAAUUUACCAAAAUCUCAAGAAAAACCAGCAGGUGGCCGGACAACGAGAAGUAAAUCUGUUGCUUGAGGAUUUUUUUUUUUUUCAGCGUUUUUACAUAUAUAUAUAUAUAUAUUUACACUCUCAUAGGAGAACUAGAGACCAUUUACACAUCUGGAGAUGAUCUGUCAGUCUCAUUCUGAGGAAUAACUCCACCCACCCACCCCCUAGGAAAGUAACGCUAAUGAUGUUAUUGUUGUCUGUAAUUUGAUAGUGCUCCAUUUUGCCUCCAGUGAGUUGCAUCUUUUAAUUCCAGAAGAAUGCUAAACAAAAUCGUUGAAGCAGCCCCUCUUCCUACCAAUCAUUUGAAAUUUUUAUCCUUUCGUUGCCUUUUUUCUCCUCCGGACGGUUUUAACAUGUUGUAAGUUUGUCAUUUACGUUAGAGAAAUUGAAGGUUCAUUUAUGGGAA